CGAUGCGAAAUAUUUUCCACUCAAACGCACAAUUUCAACGCCUAAACCUAAAUAAUCCUAAAUAAUAUUUUUCAACUGAAAUAAUCGGAGACAUAUCGAUCGUGAAGAGAUGCAACGGUGCCCGUACCUCCACGAGAUGAAGGAGCGUCUGCUCUCGCAGCCAACACCAACGGACAGCCUCGACAUGGAGCGUCUCGAUGGUGGUACACCGGUUAAGGAGGCUAACAUAAAUAGUGAUUACCCGGCACACGCCAAUCCUGGUAUUAUACCUGAUCCACCUGAAAUGCCUCCCGACUCCUUGAUCGGCACCGUGGUCAAGCUCAAUUCCGAUGGAUAUGGCUCCCACACGUCUCCGGCACACGCGAGACAGCCCCUGGUACCUCAGAGUUCGAUCAACGCUGCUCCCCUCUGUCUCACCCCCGCCCACGGCGGCUACAUGUACCCGAGCAUUCCAAAAAAUGCCAAGACUUCACUCUUCAUCAUCAUGAGCUUCAUCUACGCUAAACUCCUGGUAGUUGUCUGCAUAGCAUACGUGAUAAGUGACGUGGUCACUCACAAACUACCACUAUGGUACUUCGAGGGUUUCUUCACUUACCUCUACGGCAUGAGCAUCCUCUUUCUCCUGUACGUAUUCUGUUUCCUUCUUCAAGAGAGCGCCUGUUGCUCAAGGGGCGUUGAAACACCACCACCACCGCCCAAGCCCCCAAAACCACCGAAAGAACCUAAAGACAAAAGCAAGAAGAAGGAUAAGAAGGAUAAAAAGGACUCAAAGAAUGGAAAGAAUAAGAAAGAUUUUCAGGAUGCAGCUGAUGUUGAGGCAGGUGUCUCCACCCGAGUUCUACGAAAGCGCAAAACAUCGCAGAAUGAUCACAGCCAUGGAAGCUUUUUCCUGAGAAUCGGUGCCAUUGCAUUUGGAUUGGGAACGAUGGUGUACAAUGGUCUUGAGUUUGGGCUAUUCUUUGAGGUACCCUUCACAUCACCCUGCUUCCAGAUCCUCCAGGGAGUCAAUCCAAUUUUACAGAUGAUCUUUACGUUCAUGCAAAUGUACUUUAUCUUCAUGAAUUCAAGACUCAAUAUCCACCGCUUCAAAGUCAUCGCUCGUUUUGGUCUGAUGCACGUUGUAGCGACAAACAUAUGUGUAUGGGUGCGAACCCUUGUAUUUGAAAGUCUCAAAGAGAUCUCCCAAUACGGCAGGAAGAUUGGAAAGCCAGACAUCAGUCUAAUUGAGAGCAUCAAGAACCACGCGAUAUCGAACGCAGAUGUGUACACCGGUGAGAUAUCCCGUGACAUGGCACAGUUGCGAUUGGCCCCAGUGAGUUCGACCCUGCGGACCAUCAACACCUUCCACCCAAAAACAACGAACCGCUUCAUGAGAACAACAGUAGCAUCAGUGGGUCGUUACGCCCGUUCGACGGCUCGUUCCGUCGCUCGUGCCAUCACCAGUGGUACCACUUCAACAGCAUCGACCUUCACCACUAGCACCUCAACAACCCCCUCGACAACGACCCUCCGAAUGAUGCCAACAACCACUCCCAGCACCACUACAACAACCACCACAACAACUCGACCCACAUUGUCAACGAUUCUCGACGCAUUAACCAGCACAAUAAAGCCAAAUAUCACGACAAGAAUGACUACCACUACUACUACCAGCACAACAACAACAACAACGACAACAACAACAAUGGCACCUCCCGCCCCGACAUCAUCCCCACUGACAUCGUUCGCUCCAUUCCUGUGGGACUUUGGAGAUGCCCCUGCAACAGCCAGCAAGAGUGACAUUCCCCAGUUCUUUGACACAAUCAAUCAGACUAUGGCUAGCAAUGCCAGCACCAUCUACACCCCUAGCUAUGCUUUCCUCCAGGACCUUCGGCAGACCAAUGACUCUUGCGGAAGGGUCAACAUCAUGGGGAACAUUGUGCAGCAAGCUGCUCCGUACCUGUUUCCAUUUAUCAUUGAGUACAGCUUGAUUGGUGCUGCUGUUAUCUACGUCAUGUGGAAGCACAUUGGACGCCAUCCACGCUGGCCACAUCAGGCUGAGGCUGAUCUUGAACGCAGGCUCGAGGCUAUGUUGUCGAGACGUGCUGUUGCAUUAGCUCAUGCUGGUCACGGCAGAGUAGACUGCGUGGGUGCAAGCAAAGGCCUCUUCCUAGGCCUCUUCCUGCUGGUAGGCUCCCUCAUCUGCCUCAUCCUCUUCUUCGUCCUGAUCCACCACCCCUCCUUCGGUCUCCUCGCAAUCUACCUGGCCGACGUGUCCCACUGUGUCCUCAUGGCCCUCUCCAUAAUCGCCAUAAUAAUCGGCUUCUGUCGUGUUCAAUCUCUCAAGUUCAAAGCCGAGGAGCAGAGUGAUCUCAACGACAUUCUCCUCCGUAUAUCGGCAUUCGGUCUCUUCCUCUACGCUGUAUUCAGUGUUAUCGCUGGUUCACUCGCUGCAUUCACUCACGAGCCCAAUUUACUCGUCAUGGUAACUGGCUUACUUGCUGUUGGACAAGUUGUUCUUCAGAUGCUCUUCAUCGCUGAUGUAUCACGUAGGCGUGUACAUCUGCCUGAGCACGAUCGCAGCAAGCCAGGUCGUCAGAUUGUAACAUUCCUUCUUAUUUGCAAUGUCGCAAUGUGGGUUAUUUACACAUUCGAGGGACAGAAGGUCAUUGCCAAUCCUGUUCAACUUGAUUUCUAUGGUUACUUGUCGUGGACCAUUGUUCAGAGGGUCACACUGCCUCUCUGCAUCUUCCACAGGUUCCACAGUGCUGUCACGCUCGCCGAAAUAUGGAAGACCAGCUACAAAGCACGUCUCGAGUAGAUCAAUCUCAUGAUUCUUUCGAGGCAUAAUUGAAGCUUGUCGAGAUAUUCAUACCAAAUUCUUGGAGUAAUGUUCAGUAAUAAUCAUCACUGGGUGAUUGUCGUCGACGGAUUGUCGAGGAUUGAGUCACCUGGUUUUUAGCGCGCAAUUUUUGUUUCGCAAUAAGAGGAAAAUCAUGACAAACAAAAUAACCGAUAACGUGUUUUUUAAUCAUCAAAUGCAUUUUUAUACUUUUAUACCUUGGAAUCUCCAUCUUCGUGCAUCGAGGCCGUUGUGCGUUGAUGAACAAAAAUCAUUAAGGAAAUAGAAAGUUAUUAAAAUUUGAUCAGGCAUUCCAAUUGUCUAGCCAAAUGUAGUUCGGUAUUGAGGGGACGAUUAUCGUUAUGACAGGUGACUCGAUGCAGGAAUUAGUGAGUAUAUUUCAAUUAUUUUUUGAAUAAUAUGGAGAUUAAAAUUGUGAACACAAAUGAUACAAAUAUUAAAUGGGGAACAUUAUUUAAUUUUUUGAGAUGCGCUUUUUUUUCAUAUAUUCCGCGCGCCUGCGUUCGUUGCGUGUUUGUAAAGUACAAAAUUGUUUCUAACUCUUUAAGGAUUUAUACUUUAGGAAAUUGGCGUGUGAUUCGAAAAUCGGAGGGGGGGAUGUGAGAAUUUUCGUUUUUCCUUUUUGUUUUGGAUUUUCUUUCGAGGCAGACACGAUCAUGAGGUU